UUUUCUUUCGCGGUCGGAACGUGCGCACGUCCGCUGUUUCUUCUUGCUGUUGUGUGUGUGAUUUGACAGUGACGACCGCACUGUUCCGAGCAACCUCCAACUCCGACCUGUCUGUGGUUGGUGUUGCUUGUCGGGUCACUUUGUGGGCUGGACCUCUUGUUUGUCUUGAACGACGACAGCGAUUGUGGGCGCUGGAGUUGGUUGGUUUGUCUGUUGGCAAAGCCGCCUUUCGCCUGCGUGCGAGCAUCAAACAGCACACCAUGCACAUCAAGAACAGGUACCGCACACGCAAGGAUUUCCUCGCCCUCAGCGAUCGGUUUCCCCAGCUCAAGCAGUACUUUGUCACUCGCAACCGUGGCAAGAAAUGUUUUGACUUCUCGAAUCCAGAUGGCGUGCGCGAACUGACCAUCGCGCUGCUCAAGGAUGACUUCGACCUGACUGUCGACCUGCCUCACGAUCGCCUCGUACCGACGGUACCACAAAAGCUGAACUACAUCCUGUGGAUCGAAGAUCUGCUCUUCACGCUCAAGAACGAUUCACCCGUCGACACUGCUGGCAUUGAUAUCGGCUGUGGCGCCUCAUGUAUUUAUCCGCUUCUUGGCGUUCGCCGCAACCCUUCGUGGCGCUUCAUUGCAACGGAGAUUGACCAGCGCAGCUUCGAGUUUGCGACCACCAACAUCAAGCAGAGCGGGCUGCAGCGGCAGAUCACGGCUGUGCUCAACACAGAUGCCGGCAAGACGCUGUGCGGGGUGGUUGACGACGCGUUGGAUGCUGUUCCUCAGGGUGCGCGCGUGUUCACCAUGUGCAAUCCGCCAUUUUACGACAUUGGCGUCACAGCAGCACCAGCACGCAAAGCGAGCCGGCCACCGCCCCGAACAACGAGCACAGCGGCGUCGCACGAAAGCCAGACAGAGGGAGGCGAGGUUGGAUUCGUGCGCAAGAUCAUUUCGGACAGCCAACUCCUCGGCACAAGGGUAUCGUGGUACACUGCGAUGCUGGGGUGCAAGUCGUCCCUGCGCCCGCUGCUGGAUAUCAUUGCCGCCACCGACGCCACAUUUGUCACGCACGCCGUCUUCAAGCAGGGCCGUACGUUUCGAUGGGGGCUGGCCUGGACGUUUCUUCCCCUCGCGGCCUUCAAGGACGACCCAACAGUCACCCAAUUCCUUGAAGGGGCGGCCCCAUAUCCAUAUACCGUGGAGGGUGAUGGCGGCGGCGGAGAUGUGCGGAGAGGCGAUGCCCGAACAGCAAAGCGACGACAACACGAUCACCGUGAUGGUGACGACGACGACGACAAUGGUGAUGAUGGUGAUGAAGACGGUGGUGAUGGCGGGGAGAACAGGAAGAAGCGGGCAAAGGCUGUGCGGAUUGCCAGGCCGGGCAGGACGACCCAAUAUGGGGCAGCGACCAACGGCCACGCGGUGUCAUCGGGUGGCAGCGGCGCAGGGGAUGGGCAGGCGCCGCGUGAUAAAGGCACGACGGAUAGGAGGGGGAAAGGGAGCAGAGGUAAGGGUGGGAACGAUGACACAAGGGACAAGAAGAAGAAGAAGAAGAAGAAGCCGUUUCAGCUGACGGCCAGAGCAGAGGCAGCAACGGCUGUGGACGUAUGCCGGCAACAGCUACAGGCCCUCGCUCCUUCUGUGACCAUCAUAGAACAGCCAACGAACUCAAAGGACCAAGCCGUGUUUGUUGGAAGCGCCAAGAGGAACACGUGGAAUCCACAGGCAGUGGCGGCCACCGCCAAGCAAGAUGGUGGUGAUGCCGAUGCUGAUGCCGAUGCUGAUGCCGAUGCUGAUGGUGAUGAUAGCAGCCCGCUGUUCACCUUCAGGCUGCACGUUACUGCUGAUGCUGCUGAUGCUGCGACGAAGCCAGUAACCACGACCACAACCACAACAGGAACUACAAGCAACAAUGCCACUCUCGCAAGCGAGGCCAGUCAUAACUCGACUGCAUCUCAAGCACAGCAACCAGCGUCAUCGUCACCAACAGCAGCAGCACCCUCAAAAACACUGCUCACAAUGCACUGCGACCAGGGCAAGAGACGCGACUGCCACGAGCUCCUGCUCUUCAUCAAGGGGAAACAGAGACAGACAGCCAACAAGAUUAUGUUCACGCUGGUGGAAGUUGGUCAGGCGAUGGCAGGGCUGAUCCUGCUCAUUGGCCUGUACUUCUGCUUCUGGUUCCAAUACCACAUCGACGCGUUCAUGUUCUUGCUCUUCUGCAAGGACAAGAAAUGGACGUCGCUGCCUGAUCCAGAGGAGCAGAAGCGCCUCGCGGGACCCACAGUCAGCGUCAAGACAAAGACGCUGUACUUUGUGCGCCAUGGCGAGUCAACAUGGAACGCCACAUUCAACCGCAACAAGCUGUACUUCCUUCCUGGUCUCCUGUACGCGCUCGUGCGUGAGCUGUAUCUCACCAUCACAGCUGGCGACUCCUGGUUCUACGAUGCACCGCUCUGGUAA